UCGGCCCAUCACUAGCAUGAACGCGACAUUUAAAUUAAUAGCAGUGGAAACACUUCAAUUUUUUGGCAGCCAAAUCGAAAUUAAAAAUUCCCAGAAGCUGUUAUCUAUUUAAUAAGGUUGACCUCCGCCUCAGUCGAACCACGGAAUUUGGAAGGAAAACAGUGCGCUGCCAUGGAGCUGACUGGAUGGGUUAAGAACUACGACUGGGGCCGCAAGGGCAUCAACUCCGCCGUGGCCCAGCUGGCCAUGGCCAACGAUCCGGACUUCCGGCUGGACGAGGAUGAGACCUACGCGGAGAUGUGGAUGGGCACCCAUGUGUGCGGCGUGUCCGUGGUCAAGGAAACCGGCGAGACCCUGGACCGGGUGCUGAAGCAGGACCUGUCGUACCUGUUCAAGGUGCUGAGCAUCAACAAGGCGCUCAGCAUCCAGGUGCAUCCGAACAAGUGCGAGGCGGAGCGCCUGCACAAGGAGCGCCCGGAAAUCUACAGGGAUCCCAACCACAAGCCGGAACUGGCCAUUGCCCUGACACCUUUUCUGGCUCUGGUGGGAUUCAUGCCGGCCAAGGACAUCCGGGACUACAUCGACGAGUUCCAGCCACUCAGCAAGCUGAUUGGCAAGGAGGCCGUGGACCAGCUCCACGACGCACCCAAUGGUGAGAGCAUUAAGCUGUGCUACGAGAAGCUGAUGAAGACGGAGGAGGCGGCCAUAGCCAAGUGCAUCAAUGAAAUAGCCAGGGAUUACCAGAAGGAACUGAAGUCCAACGAUUUGCUGGAGGUGUUCACGAACGUGAACAGGGAUUUUCCCGGCGAUGUGGGCGUGCUGUCACUGUUCUUCCUUAACCUGAUCCGCCUGAAACCCGGACAGGCCAUCUACCUGGGCGCCAACGAGAUCCACGCCUAUCUGGACGGCGAUUGCGUGGAGUGCAUGGCAUGCUCGGACAAUGUGAUACGCGCCGGACUCACUCCCAAGUACAAGGACGUGGACCAGCUGCUGGACUCUGUGAUCUUCGAGAGCAACCGCAAGGAGUUCAUCCCCUACCGCGUCGAUGAGCAGGUCCAGGUGUAUAUUCCGCCAGUGUCCGAUUUUGCUGUGAUUAAUGUGAACAUUGAUCACACCCUGGAAUCGUACAAGCUGGAAAUCCAAGCCUUCGGCUCUAUACUGAUAGUCCUGAAGGGAUCCCGCACCCUUAAGCUGAAAACCAAGGAGGGAGUUAAGGAGAUCGUGGUCACACGUGGCAGCAUUGUGUACAUUCCCGUCGAGGCAGCUCCGGAAAUCGAGUUCGCCCAGGCCGAAGAUUGCGAUGAAGACUUCAGCGGCUACAUAGCAACGAGCAACUACUUUCGAGCGGCCUAAAAUUCUUAGUUAAUCUUAAUCUUUUUUAAAGUGCAAUAAAUCCAUAAACACUG